AUGGCGGGCAAGGAGCAACUUCUGGAAGAUCCGGUGGAUCUUAUUCGCGAAACAAGAAACAAUUUCUCGCUGGUGAAUGAUGCGGAAUCCUUGUUGAACGUUACUCAAAUGAUCGAUGAGUUACAGAGGUUGGUGCAUGAAAAAGUCGAAACGAAGGCUGAAGAAGUGAAAAAGGUGGAUUCUGCUGCUCGAAAGACGGAAAACAGGUUAGAGGUUCUGCGACAGACCCAAUUGGCUUCAAACACAGAUGGAAAUGGGUCGUCCAGCCAAAACGAUGCUGGCCAGCUCGCUCAAGAACUUGAAGAAUUGGAAAAGCGAUUGGUGGUUAUGCGAACAGAAGUGGACGAGGGCUUGAAGGAGCUAGCUCAUGACAGCAGCCACGAAUUGGACUUGGAGCUUUUACAGGAAGCCGUACCGACAGAUCGUAUUCACAAGGCCAAUAUCUUGAAAAUACAAGUUUUUCGAUCUCUCGGGCUCGUACUGGACUUGCCACACCGGAAAGUCCUGCUCAAUAAGGCCGGCGCGCUGGACGUGGUGGAUCUUGACGAUUCUACAAGUGAAUUUUACCGUACCAAGUAUUUGUGGGAAAGGAUGUGA